CGAGAUGCCACAUCCACUGCUGUUCUCGUCACGGCUGGUCGCCAUAUUAAACCUGACGGAAGAAGCGAAGCUCCGCGGUAAGGGAUCGCGAGGGGCCCCUCUCCAAAACAAACCCCGAUUUACACCUACAUUCCCCCUUUUAACCCGGGGAAUCAUUUAUGCUUCGGACUGAAUAAGCCAGUCUGUUCUCAGACAGGAGUUGUCUGGGAAGGAGAUUUAGUUCUAGUGUGUUUGAAAGAUGAGUACUUUGACCCAGCGGAGCUCCGGCCUGGUGCAAAGACGCACCGAGGCUUCGCGCAGCGCUGCAGCCGCAGACCGAGACCGCGGAUCCGGCGACGAGGACUACGAGCCCCGCCGUGGAGACGAGCCGGAAGACGAUGACAGCGGUGAUUCCAAGGAAACCAGACUGACCCUGAUGGAGGAAGUACUGCUGCUGGGCUUGAAAGACCGCGAGGGCUACACCUCCUUCUGGAAUGACUGCAUCUCCUCAGGCCUGCGGGGCUGCAUGCUCAUUGAGCUGGCCUUACGAGGGAGACUGCAGCUGGAGGCCUGUGGCAUGAGGAGGAAAAGCCUGCUUGCUCGCAAAGUUAUAUGUAAGUCUGAUGCUCCAACGGGAGAUGUGCUUUUGGAUGAGGCUCUGAAACACAUCAAAGACACUCAGCCGCCCGAAAGCGUGCAGAGCUGGAUAGAGUUACUCAGUGGCGAGACAUGGAACCCUCUGAAGCUUCACUAUCAGCUGCGUAACGUCCGAGAGCGCCUGGCGAAGAACCUUGUAGAGAAGGGCGUCCUCACCACCGAGAAACAAAACUUUCUUCUGUUCGACAUGACUACACACCCACUUACCAAUAAUACUAUUAAGCAGCGCCUUAUUAAGAAGGUGCAGGAGGCCGUUCUGGACAAGUGGGUGAAUGACCCUCACCGAAUGGACAAACGUAUUCUGGCCCUCAUAUUCCUCGCCCACUCCUCUGACGUACUAGAGAACGCGUUCGCCCCGCUGCUGGAUGACCAGUAUGAUCUAGCCAUGAAGAGAGUACGGCAGCUGCUGGAUCUGGAGCCUGAGGGCGAGAGCAUGAAGAACAACAGCAAUGAGCUGCUGUGGGCUGUGGUCGCUGCCUUCACCAAAUGAAGCAGGUUCAGUUCUGAUGGAUGUGCGAUCAAACCUAGAACAGUUGGACUGGUAAAAUCAGCGUUGAAUUGGAUUGACCUGGUGUGUCAGAAUGGCGUCUCAGUUUUCUUUCCUUGUAGAUAUUCCUUCCUCGCCAAUUUAUUUGGUCUUGAAUCAUUUGUUCAGUUGAAUGCAAUUGGGUACCUUAUCACAGUCGACUGUUGGAACAUUUACCAUUCACAUCGCUGCUCAAAAUGGCUCGUUUUUUUGCUCCUUUCUUGUCUGGACAUCUGUGUUGGGUACCUAACAGAUUUUACAAUCGGGAAAUUAAGCAAGGAUUUUUACAUUGUUUUGGUUUCCGUUUCAUGCGUUUAAUUGGAAUUGAUUCAUCUGCGUAUGGUAUGACUCAACAGAUGCUCAGAGAAAUGAAGUACACUGCAGUGUGUCAUCAUUUUUCAUUCAGUUUGUUUUCAUACUAAUACUAGAGCUUAAAAAGAAACCAAAAAAGGUUAUCAAGGACAAAAUGCUGUUAUGGUAACAGAUUAAACCUCAUUUUAUUUGGUAGUUUAAAUGCAAAUUUAGGGAAGGGUGUUAGAGGACCUGUUCAGUAUUUACUGGGUGUAUUAUGAGCAUCCCUCCGAUUCCCUUGGUUGUCUACGUUCUGUCUAUAUAAACACGCCACAACUUCAAACUCUACCUCUUCACACAUUUAUUGUCAUGAUUUCUCAUGGGCAUUCUGUUGUGUUACUUAGAGAUUGAUUUUAAAAUGUACUUGUAUGUGCCUGAGAUUGGUUACAGGAUGCGUAGCUCUCAAGGUGCAGUAUGUACUGUAGCUCUUUGUGACGUGGCAUUAAUGGAGCUAGAUUCAGACAUUGGUUGUAACUCAGUUCCUCAGAGGCCUCAUACCGUUUGUAUAUGACUACCAGAAACUAAUUUUGAAGGCCAUAAGAGUUUAAUUCUAAGAAAUCUAUGUCCUCCCUGAAAAUAAACCUACAUUUAGAUAUUUUUCCACUGAUAUAUGGAAGUUUGCCCAAGUCUUCAAGGUUUUAAGGGAUGUGUUAUGGUGUUAUAAGAAUUUCAUUUCAUGUACUCUCACCUCUAAAUGGGAUUAAAAAGAAAUUAUAACCUUGAGAAAAUGUGAAUUUUAUAUGUAAGAGCAGAUUCCUCCAUUUUCUUGAGUCUUGGGUAUAUUUUUGAUAAUAUUUUAUUAUCAUUAGCUGAUUGGCGGUAUGGUUGGAAGGACUGGCAUUCUGUCACAAUCUAGUUUAAUCUGUAUAUAAUUUUUGUAUUCAUGCUGCAUACUACAUAUGAGCAAACUCUAUCAAUCUUCAUUUUGCCUGGCAUGUUAACGCUAGCACAAGCAUGUCUUAAUUUUGUUUUUACACUAUGAAGAUGUGUCAAGGAAGUCUUUGAUCAGUCAUCAUAUUUCAGUGUUUCUUUAUUGUCAUUCUGUUGAUUUUUAUUCCGUUUUAUAUCAAUCAUUUAACAAUCAAAAUGCUUUUGUUUUGCUCUUUCUUUCACAAUGAUGGCAAAUGUUUGCUUCACGAUAGUUGAUUGUAUGUAGCUAUGGUCUGGGAAAUCCAUCAGUUGUGUGGAAGCAUCGACUUAAGACAUGGGCGAUUUUUUAAGUGUCAGAAAUGUGUCUCAGAUUGAGAGAAAAUUAAAAUCAUGUGCGUAGCUUUAGGACUCACUAUAAAGGGACCCCAAUGUAUAUACUUUCUUAUUACUAUAAAAUAAACUAUGGUCUUGAAAGUG